AUGUGGAUCACUCUAUGUCUGUACCUGUCCAUUAACUGCAUUUCUGUAGUGUCAGUGGUCAGUGCAGGCACAUGUCGGCUUCAAGGACGCUUCAAGUUGAACGGGAUGUAUCAGGAUGGAGAUCUAAUACUCGGAGGCCUGUUUGAGGUUCAUUUUCUCACAGUGUUCCCAGAACUGAGCUUCAGAACUGAGCCAGAUCCACCAUACUGUGAGCAAUUUGAUAUGGCAAGCUUCCAGCAGGCACAGACUAUGGUUUUUGCAUUACAGGAGAUCAAUAAAAAUCCCAGUCUGCUGCCUAACAUCACUCUUGGUUACUAUCUGUAUGACAACUGUGUAAAGCUCGGAGUGGCAUUUCGUGCUGCAACAGCUCUGGUCAGUGGGACAGAGGAGUCCAUCUCCAACCUCGACUGUACUGGACCACCACCAGUGAUUGCUAUUGUCGGGGAUCCAGGGUCCACUCACUCCAUUGCGAUCUCCAGUGUGCUGGGGCUGUUUCGAGUGCCUAUGGUUAGCUAUUUUGCCACCUGCUCCUGUCUGAGUGACAGGAAGAAAUAUCCCUCUUUUUUCAGAACUAUCCCCAGCGAUGCCUUCCAGGUGAGGGCUAUGAUGCAGAUCUUGAGACAUUUUGGAUGGACAUGGGUCGGUCUCCUUUAUAGUGAUGAUGAUUAUGGAAUCUAUGCCGCUCAAUCCUUCCAUCAAGAGGUGCAGUUGUUUGGAGGGUGUGUUGGCUUUUCUGAAAUGCUGCCCCGUGAUAACAACCGCAGAGAUAUAAAGCGCAUAGUGGAAGGAAUUCAGGCCUCUACGGCUAAAGUGGUGGUUGUUUUCUCCACUGAGGCUUAUCUGUUGCCCUUGAUGGAUGAGGUGACUCUAAAGAAUGUGACAGGCAGGCAGUGGAUUGCAAGUGAAGCUUGGGCCACCUCUCCUGUGUUUCACACUCCACGUCUUCUGCCCGUCCUGGGGGGCACACUGGGCAUCGCCAUCCGCCGUGGAGAGAUCCAGGGACUCCAUGACUUUUUGCAUUACCUCCGUCCUGACAAUAAUCCAAAAAACAACAUGGUGAGAAUCUUUUGGGAGAAAAUGUUCGGAUGCAAAUUUGAAACUGCAGACAUAGAAAAAGGAGAAAAGCUGUGUACAGGUCAAGAGGAUCUGAGCAGUACAAACACGGCCUACACUGAUGUAUCAGAGCUGAGGGCUUCAUAUAAUGUGUAUAAGGCAGUUUAUGCUCUGGCACAUGCACUUCAUGACCUGAUGCAGUGUGAGGAGGGGAGAGGACCAUUCAGUGAGAAUACAUGUGCUGACAUAACCAACCUGCAGCCCUGGCAGGUGGUCCAUUAUCUACAGAAAGUGAUGCAAAGUGUGGGCAUUACGUGGGCGAAGUGA